AUAGAAUACUUUAUGUUCUCUGAUAUCAGAUAUGAUGGAACUGCCGACUGUAAUACGUCCUUGAAGUCCAUGGCAAUAUUAAGAUAUUUCAAUUGUAAAUACAGUAUAGUUUGGUAUUUUUUACGGAUUAUUUGGUGAAAAUAAAGAUGGGAAAAAUGAAAUUGUAUAUUGUUUGGGGUAGUCCACCUGUAAAUUCGGUAUUGAUGACGGCCAAAGCAUUAAAUAUCGAAUUAGAAUUACACGAAAUUAAUUUUGAAAAACGAGAAUUCAAUGACGAAUGGUUUUUAAAGAUAAAUCCUUCUCAUACUGUACCUACAUUGGACGAUGACGGAUUUAUUUUAUGGGAUAGCCACGCUAUUUUAAUUUAUUUAGCAGAAACUUACGGUAAAAAUACCCAGUUAUAUUCGGAUAACAUAAAAACAAGAGCCCUAAUCAACCAGAUACUAAAUUUUGACUGUGGAACGCUAUUCAGACGGUUUAGCGAUUGUACGAGACCAAUUUUUUAUGACGGUAAAAAGUCAAUAGAGCAAAAACAGUUAGAUAAUUUGAAGGAAGCAUAUUCGACACUAGAACGUAUUCUGAAUUCUACGAAAUUUUUGGCAGGGGAUAACGUAACCAUAGCUGACAUCAGCGUUUUAUCAAACAUAUUGCCUGGUAGCGUCAUUUUGCCCAUCGAUAAUGAGGAAUUUCCUAAACUGAAAUCAUGGCUGAUUCACUUAGAAAGUACGGAAUUUUAUAAAACGGGUCAGAAAGCAUAUGAGACGUUCAAGAGAGGAUAUGAAUAUUUGUUAGGUAGUUAAACAAAUUAAAACACUCUAGCUAAAAAUUGUAUUUUCGUAUAAUUUUUUCCUGAAAUAUAUUAAUUCUAAUAAAUAUA